AAAUUAAUUAAUGCCUAUCUUGUGCCUUUUGUCGCUUGCCAAACUGAGGUCCCUUCCUGGCUGUAACCGUCCAAAUCCAAAUCCUGUCGACAAAUAUUUCCAAAUCUUGAAAAAUCAGAAAGGCUCAUUACAAGCUGUUACAGACUAAGGAUCUUCGGCGCCAUUGCAUGCGAAAAAUGUGAAAGAGUUGGAUCUAGCUCUUUCAGAUUUGAUCUGCGCUUGUCUAUCAUUUCCAAUGUUCAUGUAGCUUCUCGGUUUGAUAUUUUCUGGGUAUUGGAUAUAAUGGAAAUUUCUACCGUUACUUCUCCACGAAUGAGGUCAGAUCAUCUAGAAAAGGAACGAUUGAAGGAAACCCAUCAUGGUCAAAGUUUUGAGCUACAAUCAUCCCAUGAUGCUACUCAUCCUAACCACCGAUUCCAUUCGACGAGUGUUUUAGAGAUCUUAAGAGAAACUGUUAGGAUUUUACGGUACAAUUGUUCUGGUUUUAUGAUCAUUUUAGCUUUGUUAAUUUGCCCUGUAUCUGCAGUCCUUAUGUCUUCUAAUUUGUUAGUUGGUGAAUCCAUUGUGAACACUCUAACUGUUAGACUUUUGUUAGUUGCUAAAACUAGUGGAGUUCCAUUCAGACCUUUCAUCAAACAGUCGUGCCAACAUUUAGUUGAGACGGCUGUUUCCUCAGUAACAUGCUUCCCUUUGCUCAUUACAUUUAGUUUGUUAUCAAAGGCUGCUGUGGUUUAUUGUGUACAUUCUACUUAUUUGAAGGAAUCAGCUGAUGUUUCCAAAUUCUUUGUGAUAAUUCGAACGCUUUGGAGGCAGCUUGUUUCUUCCUAUUUGUGGAUGUGUAUGGUAAUUGUUGGUUGUGUGACAACUUUCAUCAUUUUUCUUCUUGUGGCAUGUAGUGUACUCUCUGUUCUUGGGUUUUCACCUGAUAUAAUUGUCUUUGCGAUGAUAAUGGUUGGGCUCGUUUUUGCAAUUGUUUUCGCCAACGUUGUUGUUGUCUGCGAUAUGGGGAUUGUAAUGUGUGUUUUGGAGGAAGUUUGGGGAGUACAAGCAUUGGUUCGAGCCGGUGUCCUAAUCAAGGGGCAGACUCAGGUUGGUCUGUUGAUAUUUCUUGUAUCUACAAUUGGAUUGACAUUUGUGGAGGGGUUGUUUAAACAUAGGGUACAGACGUUGAGUUAUGGAGACGGGUCUUCUAGGAUCUGGGAGGGGCCUUUGUUGGUGAUAAUGUAUUCGUUUGUGGUGCUUGUUCAUUCCAUGAUGAAUACAGUUUUCUAUUUCAGUUGCAAAUCGUACACUUCCGAUGACCAUCAAUCAAUGUUGUUCUGAAUUUAUGGGUGUUAAAUGAUAUCAUGUACAUUGCUACGUGUAGAUUCGGAUAUGGUUGCCAGUUCCAUUCUUGGAGUACUAAAGGAGAGUUGUUGUGGUUGGUUCGGUAGAACUCCAACAAGCAGGGUUUUCAGCUCAUGAGUGCUAAAGAUGAUCCUCUCAACCCUUCCAAAGACAUUCAUGGCUCAGGUGCAUAAAGUUUCUUGUAUUCUAAGAACAGACAUGAAACAAUUUGAUUCUAUCCUCGUACUUCCUUUUGUAUUCCUUUUGUAUUCAUUAAGGGUGUGCUUGGUUGGGUGAAAAA